AUGUCAUCCCGCGACAACAACGGAUCGUCUCGCCGCCGAAGCGGCCUCCUAACUCAUUGGGUUCCCCUCGCCAUCACGGUCGCCGUCGCCACGGCAGGCGUCGCAGCCUGGGCAUGGAGCCAGCGCCAAACCGAUGACGAUGAAGACGAGCACGAUGGUCUCGACUACGGCGGUGUGGACAACAACCAGGGGCGCGGAGGACGACCACCCUCGGGACCCGAUCCGUCGUAUGGUGGAGGCGGCGCGUCGUCGAGGGACAUGAAGACGGGAGUGGUGGACGAGUCGGCGGAUCCGCCGACGUGGAGCUCGAGGAUCGGCGGCGCGUUGCGGCGCACGCCUAGCCCUCAGCAGAUGUUUGGUUCGGCGAGCAAGACGGUGGUGGCGGGUGUCGCUGCGGCCGGCGCGGCUGUGGGAACGGCGCUGUCGGCGAUAAGAGAGGAGGAUAAGACGGCUUAUGCGGAUCAUGAGACAUGGUCGGAGGAGGCAGAUGCGAAGCAGGAGAGGGCUGCGACUGCGGGGGCGGCGGGUAAGGAAGGAGGGAAGAAGAGAAGGACUGUUGCGGUUGUGGUUUCGGCGGAUUCUCAUGUUGAGGAUCUAGGUGAUGACGACUUCGAACAUGCUACUAUCCUGUCUCAUUUGCCCAAGCACAUUGAUUUUUCGAGGACGAAGCUGUAUAUUCUUAUUUACGCGCCCGGUCUUAAGGAUGGUGGAAAUCUGGACACGACGGGUAACAAUCAGGCUCCUUCUUUGAGCUCUUCAUUUUCUAACAUCGGUCAUGAACAAGCCCAACCGACCGAGGGCUCCAAGAGUCCAGCACUAAACCCUGCGUCGGGCAACCCCGCCUUCAACUCGGUCUACUCCCAGGCCCUCUCCCUCGUCGAAAAGGAAACCAUGGUCCUCCCCUUUACGACGCGCAACGGCCACGUUCACAUCCUACGCCACCUCCAACCCGAGAUCAUCUACCUACAGGAAUCCCUUUCGGGCGAGAACGGAUCUGUCGUUACGCAGGUACAGACCUGGCUCCGCUACGAUCUUGUCCUCGUCGUCGGCGCCGAGAGCGGUCACGGCGGCCUUGCGGAUAGCGAAUCGGAGGCUGAGACGAAGGAGAAGGAGGAGAGGUGGUGGCAGCGGGAGGAUAGAGUCGGUCGUGGAAGGGGGGUGGUUGUUGUCGAUAGUAUGAGGGUGUCGGAUGAUUGGGCGAAGAGGGUGCAGGGCUAUGAAGACCAGAGGUCCGGCCUCCUCCGCUCCUCGGCAGAGUCUUCACCUCGGAGCCAUCGCAGGUCGCUUGUUCACCUCGAUUUCAUCUGCUUCAAAUCGGAAAAGAUGCCCUCGUCGUUCCUUGAGCACAAGUCACGUGACACGCCGUCUUUCUCUGGGCACCCAAAGGCUGACGCGAGGAUUGUCCAGAAGCAGAUGACCCCUUGCAAGAAGGCGGAAGCGACCGGCCACCGAUCUAGCGAUAUGGCGCCAGUCAUCACGGCUGUGCAGCCUCCGAUGCCCACGGGGAAGGUCAAGCGGCCAAUCCCUCCGGGCAUCCAGACGAACGGAUCAGGUCCCUCGCGUCCAUCGCCAUCUCCCUCACCUUCAAUGUCCGCCAAGAAACCCCCGAACAGCGCAAAGCAGAAUGCCAAUUCCGCGACCAAUGCCGCCAACGCCGGCGCGCAGCAGACCGCGAGACCCCAGAGCAGGGCCCGUCGCGAGCCUUCAGCCCAGCUCACGGGCCGGAGUUCUAGGAAUAGUGCUGGUCUGAGGUCGGCGUCUUUGGCUGCCGACGUGAUGUUUCCGCCGAUUGCGGAACCUCCUCCUUACAUUGUGACUGAUGAGUAUAUUCUUAAAAAGUAUGCCGGCAGCCCGCCGUCACUCAUCGUCCACAUGCACGCGACGCAUUUCAAGUUCGACCAACAGGACGGCGUGUUCCCCUACAAGUCGCCCAUGAAACUGUUUCUCGAACAUCUCAGGGCAAGGACAGUACCGCAUGAAAUCCUACUACAACUUACGCAAGCCGGUGUGUCUUUUUACGAAGGAUGUCUUAUCGUCCAGGUCCACGACCACAAGUCUGUCGCGCAAACCAACGAUGCUCCGAAGCCGACUACUGCCGGAGCAAAUACCACCCCCGUCUCCUCAAUCCAUAACUACAACCCAUACCUCACACCCUCGACAACAACACCCUACCCUAAAAACGAACCCAAGACUGAAACGGACGCGGAGCCCACUAUUGAUGGAGAGAAAAAGGAGAAGAAAGCAGCCGAGGACAAGGACAGACAAUCUAUGCCUGCGCCAGCGCUGCCCACAGAAGCCAAAAGUCAACCGCCACCUAAACCCAAGACAUUCACCGUAGUGCUUCAUCCUACGGCUCAAAGUCUCCAGACCGAUCUUUUAAUAAAAGCGUCGACCCCUCGGUCAUCGUCGGACACCAAGGAUGGUGCGCCCCCGUCCACUCCCCUUACUGCGGCACCACCCGCCUCCGCCGCCGCCGCCUCGGCAAGUAUGCCCCCGCCUGCAAAGAAGCAAAAGCGGGAGCGCAUGGAACUUGACGGCAAUAAUAUUUACGCUGUCGAGGGCGAGUACUUGGUAAAUACCAUGGCUCCCUUGAUGCUAGAACCUGCCAGGAAUGCCGAGGAGGUCAUGGCCUUACUUGAGGCCAAGGCGCAUCCCAUGCAUUCCGAGCCGCCACCGCAACCCAAGGCGCGGAAGCGGACUGUUGCGGAAAUGGCUGCUGAUCAGGCCCUCAUUGCCGACCAAGAGCGUUACAUGCUUCUUCUCGACGAGAGGCUGGCCUCCAAUGCCAACGGCACUCAGGGUGCUCCUGGCGGUGGCGACGGCGAUAUCCACGGUGGAGCAGCUGCGUUCGAACCCCGGUUUGAGCGGUUCCAGGUCAUUGCCGACAUCAAACGAGAGCAUGCCGAGAAGAAGGAGCAAGAGAGGAUCAAGCAGGCGGAAAAUGCGAGGCGUCUGGAACUGCAGCGCCAGCAACAGCAGCAGCUGCACGACCAGCAAGUCGCCGCUCAGCGACAGGCGGCCGAGAUGGAGAGGCAACGGAGAGAACGCGAGGCUUUGCUGCAACAACAGCAACAGCAGCAGCAGCAACAGCAAGAAGCGCGCAGGAAAGCAAUGGCUGCUCAGGCCCAGGCCAAGGUCGCCGCUGCACAGAAACAACAGCAGGCCAAGAAUCUGGCGGCGCAACAGGCACAGCAACAGGCACAGCAACAGGCACAGCAACAGCAACAACAACAGCAACAACAACAGCAGCAGCAGAAUGCCGCCGCGAAGUCAGCGGCUGCUGCAAAAGCUGCGGCGAAAGCGGCCACUCCCGUCGCCAACAAGCCGACCCCGGUCAACGCGGCCGCUGCCAAUGCUGCGGCCAACGUCCCCCACCCAAAUGGUAUGCAGGCUGCGCAAGCUACGCCCAGGUUCCACCAGCAAGUUGCGCAACAACAACCCCAGGUCUCCUCUCCGGUUAUACGGCAAGGUACGCCCCAUUCGAUGUCGUCACCUAUGCCUGGAGCUGUGGCAAUGCAGCAGCAAAAUUCCGGCAUGGCAGCAGCAAGCCCUCCGAGGCCUCCUUCGGUUGUGCAAAAUCAUACUCCGAUGGCCGUUCCCAUGUCUCGCGGUAUGUCUGCUCGUGGUAGCCAACAAAGCCAUGCGGCCGGUACUCCUCGCAUGCCCAACAGCACACCAAAUAUGCCGCACACGACGCCGAUCAACCGUCCCGCUGUCAUCCAGACGCCUCGCAUGUCCCAGGCCAGUCCUCCUCCUGCCAUGAUGGCCCAGGGCUCCCAGAUGGGCACGCCGAUGAUGAUAAACCAAGGCAUGCCGCAGCAGAUCCAUCAGCAAAAUGCCAUCGCGGCGCAACUCGCGGCGCAGCAGAAGCGUUUGCUACAAGCCCAACAGCAGCAGAUGGCUCAGGCGAUGCAAAACGGCGGCAUGGCCAAUCCCCUUACGCCGCAGCAGCAGCAGGUCCUUCAGCAGCAGCGACUUCAACAGUUGUUGUUGCAGCAGCAACGUAAUGGCAUGAUGAACACGCAGCAGCAGCUCGCGCAGCAGUACGCCCAAUCGAUGAACCAGAUGCAAGGACAGCUCUCGCCUCAGAUGCAGGCGCAGCUCCAGGCGCAAAUGGCUCGGAUGAACCAAAUGAACCAGAUGAACCAGAUGAAUCAAAUGAACCAGAUGAACGCGCAAAUGAACGCGCAGAUGGGUCAGAUGGGUCAGAUGAACCAGGUCAAUCAGAUGGGCGCGCAGAUGGGACGACAGCAGAUGAUGCCGCACCAGAACAUGAUGAACGGCGCCAACGCCGUCAAUAUGCAGGCGGCCAUGAUCCAGAUGCAGCAACAGCAACAGCAAGCGGCGCAGCAGAACCAGAACAACCAGCUCAACGAGCAGAUCCGCGCCCGCGGCCAGCACCUGUACAGGACCAACAUCGCCAACCUCGCGGCCAAGUUCGGCGGCACCGUCGAGAGCAUCCCCGGCGAUACGCUGGAGAACUUCAAGAAGACGUGCAUGCAGCAGGCGCGGAAUCAAGUCGUUCAGCAGGUGAACCAGCAGAGGGUGCAGCAGGCGAUGAUGCAGCAGGCUCAGGUUCAGGCGCAGGCUCAUGCGCAGGCUCAACAGCAGAUGGCUAUGCAGCAGGGGAUGAUGGGCGGUCAUCAGGGGAUGUAA